AUGAACGCAGAGCCACCUGGCACAGAACGUAAACGGGGAGCGGACGCACAAACACCGUUUUCGUCCGUUUCGGAACGUCACCCGCACCCGGUGCUCACAACGACCCAGCAACGGAAACGACUGGUACUGCCCUACACACUGCAGUGUUUACGGUGUCAGACUUAUAUACAGCGGGGACGCAAGCUAACCGUUCGGCGAGAGUCGAGUACUGCGGUGCACGCUCCAUCGGAGCACCGCAACUGGCGGUACCUGCUGUGCUGUCCUCGGUGUCGCGCUAGGUUCGCCCUCCGACCGAGAAAAGAUGCCCAUCUAUAUAGCUUGGAGAGCAGCGACUCAACAGAACCUCUGCUCGUUCGAAAUGCAGACCUGAUAGCGCCACAAGCGCACGAGAAUCCGAGCUCCGUCCCGGACGAACUUGACGCAGCUAUCACUGGGUUUAUGCAAGAGAUGCAGAACCCGCGUAACGUCCGCACAGAGCACGAGACACUUCCAUACAAGUUGACAGAUACAAGCGCAAAAUCAUCUGUGGUGAAGCGAGCUCGACGUGCAUCCAGGUCGCUGCCGGGGCCGAGCCUCGCCCAGUUCCUCACUUCGGCUGAGUCCAUCUUCGAUGAGGAGCCUCUCUGGAACAACAGCUCAUCUGUGGAUAACUCGACUAGCAAUUUCAACGUGUAA